AGUCUACUUAGUUUCCGUCCUUUCUGUAUUAUUCUCGUCACUCUGUCUCCCCUGAUGUCCACUUCAAGUUCAAGCUCCUUCUUUGCUAAGUUGAACUGAAUACCCCACUACCCUCUUUCAUUGUUGCUUCCAAUCACUUGCUUCCUGUGUCCUCCUCUUUCUCACUAUAUGAACUCACCAUAACCAUAAACAAUCAAAGACAUUGCUCCCUCACUGAUCAGUGAUCACUGCAAUUUUGAGUUUCAAGCUUUCUGAUCUUUCCAUUAAUCGAAUCUCUUGCUGCCAUGGAACCUGUUUACAUGGACAUCGAUGAUACCCAGCAACUUGCUGCAGAUCCACUACCAUUUGCUAGAAGCUAUCAACUAGAGGCACUGGAGAAGGCAUUAGAGCAGAACACGGUGCUGUUCUUGGAAACUGGUUCCGGCAAGACUCUCGUUGCCAUUAUGCUUCUGCGUAGUUAUGCAUAUCUUAUUCGCAAGCCUUCACCUUCCAUUGCUGUUUUCUUGGUUCCCCGUGUUGUUCUGGUCCAACAACAAGCUGAAGCUGUGGAAAUGCACACUGACCUCAUCGUAGGUAGGUACUGGGGAGAAAUGGGAGUUGACUUCUGGGAUGCUGCUACUUGGAAGGAACAUUUAGAAAAACAUGAGGUGCUUGUGAUGACACCUCGGAUUUUGCUCAAUGGCUUGAAGCAUUGCUUUUUCAAGUUAGACUUGAUAAAGGUUUUGAUAUUUGAUGAAUGCCAUCACGCAAGGGGUAAUCACCCUUAUGCUUGUAUUUUGACAGAAUUCUAUCACCGCCAGUUAAGCUGUGGUAAUUUUAAUCUUCCAAGGAUAUUUGGAAUGACAGCUUCUCCAAUUAAAUCAAAGGGUGCAAACUCAGAACAGGCCUAUUGGCAAGAGAUUUGUGAGCUUGAGAAUAUGAUGCACUCAAAGAUUGGUGCUUUGACUGAUUAUCUUGUUCCUGAUAUUGUUAUGGAAGAAGCUGUUGCUCAAGAAAUUGGGAAAGUUCCUUAUGAUGAUGAUGAACACCCUUUGUACUUCCCACCUGAGCUGGUCAGCCAAGGUUCAAAGGAGUCAAAAGGAACAUACUACUGCUACUUAAUUGAAUUAAAUGAGAAUUUUGAUUCUGACAUUCCUGUAUGUAAUAUUAUACUUGUCAUGGGAAGUGAACUGGAAUCAGAUAUCUCAAGUCUGGAUUUUGACUUAGAAGUUGAUAGAGGACUAGUGACUAUGAAAUUAAAGUAUAUUGGAGAGCUUGAUCUUACUCCAGAAUUGGUCCUUAUAUGUAGGAAGUUUUUGAUUGCUCUUGCCAAAGUUCUUAUGGAUCAUAAUGUAAAUGAAUUGGAAGAGAUUUUAAAUGGUUUGCAGCUGAGGAAAGACCAUGAAAUUGAUUAUUUCCUGCUUCCAUCCAUGGGGUCAUGCCAGAAACCUGCAAUUGACUGGAACUCUGUUGUGUCUGUACUCUUCUCUUAUGAAAAUGCAUGGGAGGAUCAUGUGAAGUGUCCUUUGAAGGAAUCUGCACGUAUUAUGCGGACAAAAAAUGGUCAGCUGUGCAAAUGCAUGCUUGAGAACUCUUUAGUCUCCACACCACAUAAUGGAAAAGUCUAUUGCAUUAGAGCCGUAUUUGAUCAUUUGGAUGGACGGUCACUUUUGAAGUUGAAGAAUGGAGAUUAUAUAACUUACAAGGAGUAUUACAAAAAUCGGCAUAACAUCGAUCUGAUUUUUGAUCAAGAAUUACUUCUUAGCGGACGACAUAUGUUUUCAUUCCAGAAUCACCUUCAUAGAUGCAGACAGCACAAGGGGAAAGAUUCACAAAAUGCAUUUGUUGAGUUGCCCCCUGAACUCUGUUGCAUUAAAAUGUCACCUAUAUCCAUAAGUACUUUCUACUCAUUUACAUUUGUUUCAUCAAUCAUGCAUCGACUGGAGUCUUUGCUCAUUGCUGUCAACUUGAAGAAGAUGCUUUCGGAUCAUUGCAUGCAAAAUGUCUAUAUUCCAACAAUGAAGGUUUUGGAAGCAAUUACCACAAGAAAGUGUCAAGAGAUAUUUCAUUUGGAAUCACUGGAGACUCUCGGAGAUUCUUUUCUUAAAUUUGCUGCUAGUCAGCAGCUAUUCAAAACAUAUCAAAGUGAUCAUGAGGGCCUUCUCAGUAUUAAGAAGGACAAACUCAUCAGUAAUGCUACACUUAGUAAAUUAGGAUGCGACUGCAAACUUCCGGGAUUCAUCCGCAAUGAGUCUUUUGAUCCUAAAAACUGGAUGAUUCCUGGUGAUACUUCUGGAAGUUAUUCAUUAAGUCUGGAGUUUCUCUCCAAUACAAGGAGUAUAUACAUCACAGGAAGAAGAAAGUUAAAAAGGAAGAUUAUUGCUGAUGUUGUUGAGGCACUUAUUGGUGCCUACCUCAGUGCAGGUGGUGAAAUUGCUGCCUUACUAUUUCUGAAUUGGCUAGGCAUAAAGGUAGAUUUUUUUAAUACACCAUAUGAGCCACAAUUCAAAGUGAACCCAGAGAAGUACAUUAACAUCCACGGCUUAGAGUCGAUGUUGAACUACUCUUUUAAAAAUCAUUAUCUCUUAUUGGAAGCACUUACUCAUGGUUCUUACAUGCUUCCUGAAAUUCCAAGAUGUUAUCAGCGGUUGGAAUUUCUUGGAGACUCAGUGUUAGACUACCUUAUCACAGUGCAUUUGUAUGAGAAGUAUCCUGGGUUGUCGCCAGGACUUUUAACUGACAUGAGAUCUGCUUCUGUCAACAAUGACUGCUAUGCUAUUUCAGCUGUUAGGGAAGGAUUGCAUAAACAUAUCCUCCAUCUAUCUCAAAAACUUGACAAGGAUAUAGUUGUCACAGUAAAAAAUCUUGAGAAUUAUUCUUCAGAAUCAACUUUUGGAUGGGAGUCCGAAGUUUCUUUUCCCAAGGUUCUUGGAGAUGUGAUUGAAUCUCUAGCAGGAGCUAUUUUUGUUGAUUCUGGAUACAACAAAGAGGUGGUUUUUCAGAGGAUAAGGCCGCUUUUGGAGCCUUUGGUCACUCCAGAUACACUUAAAUUGCAUCCUGUGAGAGAACUUAAUGAAUUAUGUCAAGUGCAACAUUUUGAAAAGAGAAAAGCUGUCCCUUCCCGCAUCAAUGGCACGUCAUCUGUCACUGUUGAGGUUGGAGCUCAUGGGUUAACUUUUAAACACACAUCUUCAGCUGCUGACAAGAAAACAGCUAAAAAAUUAGCUUCCAAAGAGGUUUUGAAGGCCUUGAAAGAUAGAUUCAACAUCUAGAGCGAGUUAGAUUGGUAUCCCACUUGGUAUUCUUAAAAAAAAAAACAAUAGGGAAAUCGGAAUAGUCAAUUAUUGUGUACUAAUUUCCUUACUAUUUUUGUUUCUAUAAUCACAAUUCACAAGUAUAUUUAAUUUAUUAAAUUAUAAUCUUAACACA